AUGUAAGGAUUUUUGGACAUCUCAGGAAUUCAGUCUAAUGAAAAGACUAUGUUACUUGAUAUUUCAGCAAUACCUUUAAAGGAGGAUCAUCUGGAUGAUGAACUCAUUCAUUAAUAGUUAAUGAUUUUGUAAUCAUAAGAAGCUAUCAGAGAAAAAGACAAUGAUGAAGAUGUAGUAAAGCAUGCCAGAUAACUGAAAAAAAAAGUGAUUAACUCAUUAGAAAAUUAUUCGAAAAUGCUAACUAGCAAAGAUAAUUCUAUAAAGAAAGUUAUUAAAAAUGAUUUACAAAUAAUCAAUGAAGAAUAUUAGGAAUUAUUAUAAAUUGUUGAUGAAGUUGAAUCAAUAUCAAAUGAAGUUCAGAUGAUAAUUAAAUUGGUAGGAGAGUUUUUAGAGAAAAUGAGUUUUAAAUAGAAUGAAAAAAGAGACAUAUAAUAUUCAAAAACAAUGUCAGAAAAAUUAUAAAGGGGUCCCAUAAGAGCGAAUACUUUCUAAGGUCAUUCUUAUGAUUGCUAUCAAAAAUAAAGAUUAUUUCCAUCAUAAUAAUUAUAACAAUAAUAACAAUUAAGCAAUAACUCUUGUGAAUCGGAUGAAAGCACUAUAGCUAGUAAUAAAACAUUAAGUGCUUUAAAUAAUAAGAUCUCUUCUUUGAUUUAAUAAUUAUCAUAAAAUGAUCAGUAUUAGAGAAUAACUCAUUACGCUUAAGAAAUCUUGAAUAGUUCUGAUAAUAUGGAAACCUUUAAAUUACUACGAUAGCUCUCCAAAUAAUUUGAAGAUCCAGAAGUUAAGAAAUUAGUUAAAGCUUGUUAUCUAAGAUCUCUAGUUUAAGAAUAAUCUUAGAAUAAUACUUCGAAAAGAGAAUUCUAUGAUUUAGUAAUCAAAAUCAAAAGCCAAGUACCCGAAAACAAUAAAAUACAUUCAAUGAUGAUAAGCUCAUUGUAUGAUGACAUAAUAAAAAAAGGAGUGCCAAAUACAGAGUGGGAAAACUAUAUGAAAUAAUUAUGCAAUUGA